AUGUUCGCGUCUCCACCCCUCUGGAGGCCUCUCCUCCCUUCUCCCAACACACCUACAGUUCUCUUCCUCUCUCUCUCCCAACUUCAUCAGUGCGCAUUUCUCUUUGUACAUCUUUGUAAAUCACUUUUCCUUAGCUUCCCUUUCAUUUUUCUUUCUGAGUUCUUUUAUCUUCAUUUAUUUUCUCUCUCAUUCUGUAUCUCUUUUCUGUCAGAUAUUCCUCUCUCUCUCUCUCUCUCUCUGAACUUGUUUUCUCUUUCCCAUCUCUCAUUCCUUUUCUGUCUUUUGCCAUUGCUCCUUCCAUUUCUCUUUUUCCCAUCUCUCAUCCUAUUUUUCUUUCUAUCCCUCCAUUUCUCAUUCUAUUUAUCUCCUUCCAUUUCUCUUUUCCUAUCUCUCCCCUUCCAUUUUUCUUUUCCUAUCUCUCUCCUUCCAUUUCUCAUUUUCCUAUCUCUCCCCUUCCAUUUUUCUUUUCCUAUCUCUCUCCUUCCAUUUCUCAUUUUCCUAUCUCUCUCCUUCCAUUUCUCAUUUUCCUAUCUCUCUCUUUCCAUUUCUCAUUUUCCUAUCUCUCUCCUUCCAUUUCUUAUUUUCCUAUCUCUCUCCUUCCAUUUCUCAUUUUCCUAUCUCUCUCUUUCCUAUCUUUCUAUUUUUCCUUCCCAUCUCUCCUUCCAUUUCUCCUUCCAGUUUUCUCUUUCCCAUCUUUCCUUCCAUUUCUCUCUUUCUCAUAUGUUGUUCCUCUUUUGUAACUUAUUCUUUUUCUCAUUCCUUUUCUCUUUCACAUCUCUCAUUACACUUCUCGCUUUUCUUUCUCAUCUUUCAUUCCUCUCUUUUUGCCUCUUCUUAUUCCUUUUUCUAUUUUUUUUUUUAUCAUUUACUCCUUCAUUUUAA